GGGAACUCCUGGGCUGCACUUGGCAGACGGUGCCUUGUAUCAUUGCAUUCGCAGUAAUUUCUCAUGGUCCCUAAAGGAGGCGGAGGGAAAGGGAUUAGUUUAGAUGGAUAGGCAUAGCUGCCAAUCGGCAGUGAGCAAAGGUGCACAUUUGGUGACGCUAUUCCGGUUCCGGCAGGCGCGGGCGCGCUUCUUCCAGAAGUAGAGGGUCACGCAAUGCCGCUGCACAGGUAUCCUGUGCACCUGUGGCAGAAGCUGCGGCUGCAGCAAGGCAUCUGUGCGCGCUUGCCCUCCCAUUUCUUGCGCUCACUGGAAGAAGAACGGACGCCGACCCCGGUACACUACAAACCUCACGGGGCCAAGUUCAAGAUCAACCCCAAGAACGGGCAGCGCGAGCGCGUUGAGGACGUACCCAUUCCAGUUCACUAUCCUCCAGAGUCCCAACAGGAACUGUGGGGUGGAGAGGGCUUGAUUUUGGGCUACAGAUACGCCAACAACGACAAGCUCUCCAAUAGGGUGAAGAAGGUGUGGAAACCUCAGCUGUUCACUCGGGAGCUUUACAGUGAAAUCUUGGACAAGAAGUUCACCGUGACUGUGACCAUGAGGACCCUGGAUCUCAUUGAUGAGGCCUAUGGAUUCGACUUCUAUAUUCUCAAGGCAAGCAGGGACCCCUGAGGAGGACCUGUGCUCCAAGUUUGGCAUGGACCUGAAGCGAGGGAUGCUGCUGAGGCUUGCCCGCCAGGACCCCCAGCUCCACCCUGAUAACCCCGAGCGGAGAGCAGCCAUCUAUGACAAGUACAGGGUGAGAGUUUCCCCAUCCUGCUUGCUGCCUGAGGCUCCUGGCCUGGCCCCUGCACCUCACGAGGUUCUCUCCUGCUUGUUCAGAACUUUGUCAUCCCAGAGGCAGAGGCCGAGUGGGUUGGCCUGACGCUGGAGGAGGCCCUGGAGAAACAGAGGCUUCUGGAGGAAAAGGUGAGCACCUGUGUACCAGCCGACCUCAGGCCACUGAAGUUGAGUGGUGAGGGGGGAGGAGGAGACUAGCAUUUAGGGACUACCACAUGGAAAUGCUGCCAUACCUUUGGUUCCUGCCACUUUGAUGAAGCAUGGCGUCUUCUGAAGUCCUUCCCACUCUUUCCCCCCUCAAUGCUCAGGGAUCUUUGACACUAGGUGUUUACUUAGCCACUCGGCAUCACCUAGGACAUUCCAUUUGUGUCUGUUUUCCAGAAUAGUCAGGAGCCUGUGGUGGCCACCAGUUACAGAAAAGAUAGGGGUAGGCAUGUGAGUUUUGGUGUCCUGUUCUGGUGGUCAGAAUCCCUCACCAUGCUCAGCCAGAAGCAGCCGGCUACCACCCUCCUUAGAGUUCCAUCCCUGGGCUACAUUGAGCCUUACCAUGACCUCUCCCCUUCAGGACCCUGUGCCCCUGUUCAAGGUCUACGUAGAGGAGCUGGUCCAGCGGCUUCAGGAGCAGGCUCUGUCCAGGCCCGCAGUGGUGCAGAAGAGAGCUGGUGACCACGUCUGACCACUGGGCUCAGCCUCCCCUGUGGGCAGAGGGCGAACCCCUGCUUGGCAUGUGCUGACUGCACAGCUCCUGUAGUAGACUUUUCAGAGAACCCUUCUGUGCCAGGACUCGUGGAGGUCUGGAGCGGAGCAGAUGCCUGUCUGAGCUGGUCAAGUCCUUGCAGCAUUAUAGUUCUUGGGCUGAGCUAAGUCUGAGGCAGUCUGAGCCACAGUAAAGUGUUGGUUUGCUUGGA